CUGCGAGGCGAGUCACCGAUAAAAUUCAAGUUUCCAAGAGCGUUAAACAGCACCCUUCUCGGCACACGGACACUGUAUUUAAUUGAUAGGCAUAAGUUGCCUCCGUAUCAAUUUAUCGGACUAAACCUUGAAGAAAAUACUGCCGAGUUCUCUGUUAUAAGAUAUGGAGAGGAAGUACCUGUGUCUAUGUCUUGGACUAUCCGUGGCGAUGAAACCUGUUUAAGAUUUGAAGACGAAUUACCACUUAAUUUCCAAGAAGUUAUCUCUGCACUGGUUCCAUUGUGCCAAACAGUGCAACAUAUUAUCAUUGACUGUGAUAUGUUAGAUUGGUGUAUUCCUGCACAUGACACCAGACCUUUCAUUCCAAUGAGAUCAGUCCUCGCCGUUUGCAUUGACGGCUUCAUGUAUGGAUACCCGAUUGCACAAAUCCUAUCGAAUCUCAGUGAUUGGUUUCCAAAUGCAAAGAGUCUUGAGCUAUCUUGUUACAGUCAAUAUUUUACAAACACUCGAAAAUACCAUUCCGACCCCCCACUGUCUUCCUGGAGACAGGUAAAAUUAGACUUGUAUAACGGAAAAUCAAGAGACUUCGUCUCUCUGGAGACCAUCUUCCUCUCCCUUUCUUCUGCCUGUCAAAACAUAGAAUCACUCUUCAUCAAAAGCAGUCAAACUCUCCAAUGGGACAAGUCAAGCAAAGACGUUAAAGAAUGUACAUUACCUAAUCUGACUGAUAUCCAUCUUGAAUCUCGUUGGUCUGACGAGCACUAUGCACUUCAAUUCACAACAGAAUUACUCCACGUAAGUCGUAGGGUGAGUCGUAGUUUGAAGUUUGUCGAAGUAGAAAGUGUACAGCUAGGAGAUGUAGUAAUGAAGAGUGUUGAAUGGUCCAGAACAUCUUCAGAUUCUUCGUUGCAAAUUAAAGGUGCAUCAGCGGCUGUACCCAUAAUUGACUUAAUUGAUCUUACAACUAGUGACCUUAAAGAGGUUACCGUCCUUACCUUUUGCAGUUGCAAGAUUGAUUUCGGUCAGUCUGAAAGUAAGUCCCCGCAAAGUCCGAAGGAACUUGGUACACUGCGGGAAAUCAGGUUCGUUGGUUCAGAAAACCCACUUUCCGAAUCUGACAGGAACAAGCUGUCGGAGUUGUAUCCUAAUGUCAAAGUGACAGAAAAUCAGACGAGUCAGGAGUCAUCUGAAGAAUCCCAGGAGGGUGCAGGGAUACCUUUCAAGUUGGAUAAGGCCUCCUCUCAACCACUCAAAACCUCUCCAAUAGAUGAACUUGCUGAGGAAAAGGUUGAAUUUCAUGAAUAUACAGGCUCACAGAACCCUGAAGGCAGAGAAGAAGAAACAUCAUGGCAAGAAAAAGAAGAGGAAUAUGACGUCAACCAAGGAAGCCUGCCCCAUGAAUCAGUACCUGAUGAAGGAGAUGUCGAAACCAUCAAGAAGGAGUGCUGCAAAAGAGUUGGAGCUGAAGGUGGCAAACUGCAACUAGAGUCCUUUGGGAUUGAACUUGAGAUACCUCCUGGUGCAAUCGACAGCAAAGAGCCACAAGAAAUCUCUCUUCAUGUCCUGACCGAUACUCCUAAUCUUGGUGACACCAAAUACGAGAUGUCAGUCUGCUUCGGUGUACAGUGUCUAGCUCCUGAUGACUUAGUCCUUAGGUUACCGGUGACUUACACAAUACCUCAUUGCGCUGUUGCAACACGGUACUCUGGUUUAAAGGCAGUCUUGUACUCAGGAGAGGGGGAAUACUCACCGCACGCAGUUGUUAAAGAACGGAAAGUAGUGUCAAGGUCUGGAAUACCCAGCUGCAACAUCAUGAAGGACGUACUUGAACUCAAGAUGGAUCAUUUUUCGUGGGCGAAGAUUACGAUAUGGGUCAAGAGCUUCUUCUUCCGCGGAAAGAGGAUGUGCUGUUGGCCGUUUAAACAGAUGAACCUGCCCCUAGCUAAGACACCCGUCAUCUUACAUGCACACCUUUAUGACGAUUUAAAAGGGAACAAAAAGGUUCAUCAUUUUCACCUUCUUCUUAGACGGUUUAGAUGAUCACUGUCUUCGAUUCUCUAUAAGAAACCAGUUUCGGUCUGGUGAAGACCUUCGUGUACUUAUUUCUUUUUAUGCAUUUUUCUUCAUAAAGAUUGCAAAAGAAAGGCAAAUUCUGUCACACGUGCCCUCUAAUUUCUAGUUUUAGACAAUAUAUUCUAAUUCAAACUAUAUUGCGUUGAUUUAGUGGAACAUUCAUUUUUAUCAUUCGAUAAUCAUUCGAUAAUUAUAUCAGGGUGAUCACUUAUUGAUUGAAUUAAGUGCAAUAACGUUAACAUAUCUCGGAUAGGGGAGCACGCAUUCUAUUUUUUUUCUAAUGACACUUGGUACUGCACAAUAUACGUAUAUAUAUGUUCAUCAUUCCAUUAGAAUUCCUGCUAAUUUGUGUAGUGCUCAGGCAUUUGAAACGGAAUCCAGAUAACAUUCACUAAAUACAAGUUAGACGAUUUGCUUGCUAUAUUUUUGUGCCACUAUUUCAUAAAUGUAUGGAUAAUGGGUCCCCUUAAAUUAGUUUAUUAGUAACCAUAUGGCAAGAUUACCGCAAAUCACACUAAUGCAUGGUGCCUGUUAUCAGAUUAUAGGUUGGUCUUAUUGGUAUUUUUUUACUAUUUGUUUAAUCUAGAUUUUUAGAAGAAAAAAUGGAAUCCAAACUCUUGAUUAAUUUCCUGAUAAAAAUGCCAUAACACCAGGAUGGUUCCAAGGGGACGGGUGGGGGGGGGGGGGGGGGGGCAGGGAUCAUUUUGGGGUGGGCUUCUCUCUUUGGCGGAAACAUUUAUUUUUUCUUUCUUUCUUGGCUCGGUUUAAAGUUUAUGUAUACCACUGCCCACUUCGGGAACAAUCCUGGACCUGCCUUUGCACAAAACCGUUUUAAGUUUUAUUUACUUAAUAAUAUUAAUCAUGGGAGUAAGUUAUUUUCAUGGGUCGUUUUCGUGGUAGAUCUGGCAAAAAUAGGUUUCUGUGCAAGCGUCAGUUCUUUCUGGGCGGUUUGAUAACAAAAGUGUAAAAAUUAAUAGGAAGUAAAUAUUCGUGAGAUAAGUUAGUUCGAAGAGUACUUGAAGACAAAAAAAAAUUACGCGUGGCGUACGUAAUGUACAUCUGUUGCAUCACACAUUUUCACUCUACCACAUAUUGUCACCCCGCGACAGUUUGUGCAAAACCUGACAUCACAAAUUGUCACCCCUGCACACAUUGUCGCCUCGCGACAAUUUGUGCUGCACGUGCCGGUCUCAAUUUUUAAGCAUAUUAUGCCAAUUUGUGUCGGCAAAAAAUAAACCUAGAACCACAUAUUGUCGCCC